AGGGUUGCUGCUUGUAAGGGUCUCAGAUCGUCUCGAAAAGAUAUUUGGCCAGAGAAUGGAGAAAAACUGGAGGCCACGAAAUGGAGCAAAACAGACUGGUUCAGUUUAGUGAUUUUGUGACAGUGAAUUGGGCCUGGGCCGGCAAAGAGGCGGCCGAAGAAAAGAAAUGCCGUGAUGGCAAGGGAGGAAUCGCGCGGAAAGAGGCCGUUCAAGCUAUGGGACGGACGACGUAACGUGCGGAAGGGGUUGGUGGUCGGGAGCCUCGAGGAGUUAGUCCUCCGGGGAAGAGAUAAGUUAGGCCUGUCGCUCGGUGAGCCCGUCAGACUCGUUCUCGAAAGUGACGGGACGCAAGUUGAGGACGCCGAAUAUUUUCGAACUUUACCUGCUAACACCAUCCUUUUGUUGCUUCGGCCAGGAGAGAGAUGGCUGCCUGCAGGUGUAGACGUCAUCAGGGCAGUAGCAAUCUCCGCCAUCCCAAAGAUAGUUUGCGAAACCAUCCACGCACUCGACUUGCACGAUGAGACCCCAUCGUGGAAGAUCAUGGAUAACAAGGGGCGGGUUACCGUCGUUUUGCACUGGGACCAGCGUUCAGGUCCCUCCAGGAUCUCGUCAUCGGAUGCACCUUCACCCUCUCCCGGUAAGUUUUCUCCUAGUAAACGACCAUCGCUUGUCAUCCAAACCGGAUCAGGAGGAAAGAAAGAGACUGCAAUCAACGACGUGUACACACCCGCUCUCGCCCAACCCCAACCGCGUUACGCUAGCCCCCAGAUCACUGUGAUAAACCACGAUGAUGUUAAACCGGUUCAUAGGCUGUCCAAGCAAGGUAGUUCCUUGGAGAGCGCCACGAUUCACAUUCACACUCCAGAGUGCGCUCAUCACGCUCACAUGCCGCGAGCUGGAAGUCCUCAAAGCAACGGGGCCAUCGAAUGCGAUUUCCACUGUUGCGCUUUACACGAAGAGGGUCGCAAGAUCGCCGUGCAUAAGUCGGUGGCGACCUCUCCCAUACAAGAUACGCAGCAGACAUCUCCGCAGCCCCCUUCCAGACAUGUGCGUUUUUUAGACGUUGAAGGUGGCGGUCGUAGCGGGCAGUCCGAGCACGAGAGUUCCGAAAGCGAAACCGAGAACACCGUGAUGGAGGACGAGGCCGUCACCUCUGAGAAGUUCCUGCUGCUGAUCGACCAGCUGAGCGUCGAUCAGAAACGCCAUUUGAGUAUUAAAGAUAUAGGGAUCAUUCUAGAGAGACUCAGCUCCAAAAUUCUAGACGUAGAAAGGUUAGACCGAGAAAGCGAAAGUGAAGACUGUUAUAAUUGGACGAUCAAGGCGACUAUUCGAGGAGAUGUUCUUCGGGAAUUGGGAGUCAUCUAUAACGGUAAUUACUACGCCAUUUCGGAACAUCCAGGGUACAAGGAAGAGAACGAAGGCGUUGUAGAAGAAGCUGAGGAAGAGGAGGAGGAGGAGGAUCGGCUGUGAAUCGUUAAGCUACUGACUGCCAUUUGUCAAAAUGCACAAAAAUGCAGACUAUAGUAAUAAUACCGCAGAUAUGCCGCAUACACAACAUAUCCGAUGUGACAUGUUCGUAUCUGUAAAUGACUUUGUAGAAAAAAUUUUUGAAGGUGAGUGGUACCGCGAUCGUGUUGUGUAUACCACCGUCGAUACCGCAAAAAUACUCAUUUACCGUAAAUUAACAAAAAUAAGGACUGAAAGACAAUCGCAACGAUAGUACGAUAUUAAUUCGUCAAUGAAUUUACUAGUACAUUUAAAAUAAUAAUUUUCUAAACUAAUAUGUAACUGAAUAAUGAUUACGUCUCCCACUUAUACCAUUUUUUUAUAAUAUUAUCACCAAUAAUCGAUGUAGUUGUUUGUUGUUGAAACAUUUUAGUGAAUAAAUUAUA